AUGGGAAAUCCGAGAUAUGCUUUAUUAUCUCAUAAAGUGUACUAUCCAGAACCAAAAACUAUAGCUGAAGCUCUUAAACAUCCUCGUUGGAAUGGAGCCAUGCGCAAAGAAAUGGGAAACUGUAAAGCAGCAUAUACUUGGUCUUUGACACCUCUUGCAUCAUACAUGAAUGUGUUAGGAAGUAAUUGGGUUUUUAGAAUGAAAAGAAAUGCUGAUGGAUCACUACAGAAACUCAAAGCUCGAUUGGUUGCUAAAGGUUUUAAUCAAGAAGAGAGAAUUGAUUACCUGGAAACAUAUAAUCAUGUGAUUCGCACAGCAACUGUCAGGGCAAGCUUGGAUAUGGCCACCAAAAUGGGUUGGGAUAUAAAUCAAAUGGAUGUUGAACACGCCUUCUUACAUGGAGACCUUACAGAAACAGUGUAUAUGAAACAACCAGCUGGUUUUGUCGAUCCUGAAAAGCCAUACUAUAAACAAGACUUUGUUGCUCGAAGCUCCACCGAAGCCGAGUAUAAAGCGAUGUCAGACGCAGCAGCCGAGAUCUCUUGGAUUUGCAACAUCCUUAUAGAACUCGGGAUCCCUCAAUAUCAACCACCAGAACUGUACUGCGACAAUCUAUCUGCUGUCUACCUCACAGCAAAUCUUGCGUUUCACAAGAAAAGUAAACACUUUGCGAAUCACUAUCAUUAUGUAAGGAAGAAGGUUGCUCUUGGAACAGUUCUGAUAAAACACAUACCUGGUCAUGAGCAAAUUGCUGACAUCUUCACGAAGUCGUUUCCGGUAAGACCUUUCACUGACCUCCAGUACAAACUCGGUGUGGUCCUUCCUCCCACAUAG